GAAAAACAAAUCAAAUAAAAAAUGCAGAAAAAGUGUCAAAACUUUUGUUCUUAUAAAAAGUUUUAAUAAAUAUUUGAUAACUUUUUUUGAAACUAAAAAUGCAUUUAAAUAUUGAAUGUUUAGCGAAUGGAUGGACGCAUGCGUUGAAUGCAUUGAACGCAAGAUUGAGUGUAAAUAAAAACAAUUAAAUUGUGGUUUGAAAUGAGUUUUUGGUUCAAUUGUGUCACAAAUGAGCGAUAAUUUAGACCCACUUUUGUUGGAAGCGAUCUCGAAGUCACUCUUCGACGACAGCAAAGACAACACCGACGACAGCGAUGGAGAGGACGGAGAGAUUGUGGCCGAAGAGGGAGAGAUCGAGAGCGGAGACGACCGCAAGAGUAAACACAAGAAGUCGAGACAUAAGUCGAAACAUAAGUCCAAAUGUAAAGUCAAGUCAAAGACACAUAAGUCGAAGAAGUCGUCGAAGAGUAGCGAAUCUGCGGUCAAAUCGGACGCAAGCGUUGAUCGUAAGGACACUGAGAGUGAGAGUAAAGUAAUGAAACUCUUAUUAUCGGAACAAUUGACGAGUUAUGCGGGCAUUGAAUUCAAAGACCAACAAAACGACGGCUCGUCUGAACAGAAGAAGAAGUCAUCGAAACAUAAGUCCAGUAAAAGCGGUGACGAAAGCAAACGCCGACACAAGAAGUCGUCGAAGCGUUCGUCCGAUUAUGAGUUGCAAAACGAUUCGUAUUAUCCGAUAAAGUCUUCGGCAGAACAGGAGGACUACUUCUAUGGUUCUUAUUAUGAGGGAACGGAGAGCCGUCCCAGACAUCGGAGUCGAGACUAUUCGCGACCAUUGAGUCCAUUGUAUGAAACGGAUUGGAAGUAUCGGUCGAGGAGUCGAUCGCCAAUUGAGUACAACAAGAGAUCUCGAAGAAGAUCGCUGUCACCCAACGAGGACUCCAGGCAUAGGAGAGACGACCGAAGAAGUGUUACACCAUUUUAUAAGGAUAGCUAUAAGUAUAAGAAUAAGCAAAACAGUCGCCGCUCUCUGUCUCCAAGCGAUCGCAAUCGUCGGGACAGACGCUCAAUGAGUAGACAAUCGAUGGAACCGAUAGACAAAGAAAGACUCUAUGAAAUCGCGAGAAAUAAUUUGAUAAAAAUGAUAGAAAAGGGAGAUUUGCCGAAAGGGACGGACGUUAAUAAACUCAAUCUAAGACAUCUGCGGGAACUGACGACUCAGAAGUCUGUCCAACAGUGGACAGAGUUUUGUCGCGCCAUUUCCACACUCGAAUCGGUCGUCGGUUCCGACUCUGAUAUCGACUCUGACAGCGAUUGCGAGUCCGUCGCGACCACAGCUGACGGCAAUAUCUUCACAAUCAGACAUCCAUUCAAACUCAAGGAAAGAAAAGAUAUUCAAUUUUCUGUCAGAAAUUUCCAUCAAUUGCCGAGUCGUUCGGCCAAAGAGUUGUCCAUUGAAUUAAGAGAACAGUUUCCCGUUUCGAGCGGUAAUAAACAUCGACUUAAGGAACUCGAGUGGAAAGAAGUUCCGGAGUCAAUGCCUCCGCCGCCUCCGCCCCCACCCCUCAAAGCUAAGAAACCGGAACCAAAAGCCAGUGUUUCGUCGACUCCACAACCCGUUCCUCCGCCCGAUUAUUCCGAUGACCUCCAGAAAGCCUUCACUUUCAUUCCCCCGACGACUACACCUCUCAACACAACAACCGAUACAACCGUUUCCGCGUCACCAGCCGUUCAAUCGGCGGCCGAUUCGACCACUAAUGAAAGCGAAGCUAAAGUGGAUUCAGUAUUCUCUCAGUCUUUGAUGCCGAUAGACAUCGGAUCAGUUAUGGCUCAAAGACUGAAUGCGAUGCGCAAACUGUCGGAUGACCCGCACAACGUGGUGGCCCUAAAGCAGAUGUACCAGGCUAAUCAAAUGAUGACGGAAUGGGCGGAAUCCAAGAUGGUCCCGGGACAGUUCAUCGGCAGUACUGGCGCUAAUAUAUUGACUCCCGAACAGCUCAACGGUUCAUACAAUGCGUGGACUCGGAAGGAUCAGCUGAAGACGGCUGCGCCCAUCACUGGAGGCGUUGGAAUGCAUUUGCUUCUGAAGAUGGGAUGGAGUCCGGGUCAGGGAUUGGGUAAGAACAACGAGGGCACUCUCAACCCAAUCGCUUUAGACAUCAAAAUGGAUAAAAAGGGUUUAGUGGCUGAAGAGGAACAGGUGCGCAAUCUUCCGACUCAGUUGAUGUCGGGCGCCAACAAGAACUCGAAGGACGCCCGGAUCGCAGCCAAUGGGGGCCGAAACCCGGUCUCUAUUCUGUAUGAGAUGUGCUCCAAACGCAAGAUGGGUGGACCCGUCUAUCAACAGGUGUCUGAAGAGGGACCGCCGCAUAAGAAGACCUUCACGUUUAAGGUUGUUAUGGGAGGCGUUGAAUACCAGCCCUCCGUUUCGAGCGCUAAUAAAAAGUUGGCGAAAGCGUUGGCCGCAAGUGUUUGUCUCCAGUCUUUGGGUCUUUUGCCUAAAGAUAAAACAUGAGAAUAAAUUUGUUAUAUAUUUGUAUAUA